GGGAAUAGACGGCGACCACCGCCACGACGGCGACGGCAGGGACGGCAGUAACGGCCACCAUUCCCUUCCAAUCCCUCGCACACCAUGGCGUCGCGCGUGGCCGCGAUGGCGCUCGCUGGUGCCCGCCCCACGGCCCAUGCUCCCUCGUCCGCGGCCGACACCGAGCGCCGCGCGUGGAGGACGCGGCUUAGCCUCAACCGCCGCGGCCGCGGCACUCCCGGCCUGAUCGCCCGCGCCUCCCACCGCCCCCCCUGCGCUGCUGAGGGGGUUAUCCAGUGGCUGAGGAGCGCGGCCGCGGCGCUGGCCAUCGCCGCCCAGAUUUCCGUGUCGCUGCCGGCGGACGCGGUCCUCUACUCGCCGGACACGAAGAUUCCGAGGACCGGGGAGCUGGCCCUGAGGAAGGCCAUCCCCGCGAACCCAAACAUGAAGAUCAUACAGGAAUCGCUAGAGGACAUCUCGUAUUUGCUGAGGAUACCGCAGAGGAAGCCGUACGGUACCAUGGAGGGCGAUGUGAAGAAAGCCAUGAAAAUUGCAAUGGACAACAAGGAGGCAAUCCUGGGAAGCAUACCUGCAGAGCGCAAGGAAGAUGGUGCCAAGCUAUAUACUUCUCUGCUGGAAGAGAAGGGUGGUUUGCUGACUCUCUUGAAGUAUAUUAAGGAGAAUAACCCUGACAAACUUUCCAUAGCACUUGCUUCGUCACUUGAUACUAUUGCUGAAUUGGAGCUGUUGCAGGCUCCUGGUCUGUCCUUUCUCCUGCCCCAACAGUAUUUAGAAUAUCCAAGGCUAACAGGGAGAGGAGUUGUUGAAUUCACUGUUGAAAAAGGUGACGGUUCAACAUUCUUUCCUACUGGUGGUGGUGAACCAAAAAGUACUGCUACAAUUCAGGUCGUCAUUGAUGGCUACUCUGCCCCACUGACUGCUGGAAACUUUGCAAAAUUGGUCUUGGAUGGGGCAUAUGAUGGGGUAACACUGAAAUGUGCGAGUCAGGCAAUUAGUGCAGAUAAUGAGACCGGAAAAAAAGGGUACACUGUUCCACUAGAGGUCAUGCCUGCAGGACAAUUCGAACCAUUGUACAGAACUCCAUUAAGCAUUCAGGAUGGAGAAUUGCCAGUCCUGCCGAUGUCGGUAUAUGGUGCUGUUGCCAUGGCACAUAGUGUGGAUUCAGAUGAAUACUCCUCACCAACGCAGUUCUUCUUCUAUCUUUAUGACAAGAGAAACUCUGGUUUAGGAGGAAUAUCGUUUGAUGAAGGACAAUUUUCAGUUUUCGGGUAUACCACUGAUGGAAGAGAUGUUCUGACGCAGAUUAAGACCGGAGACAAAAUUCGUUCUGCGAAGCUUGUUCAAGGCAGAGAACGCCUUGUGCUGCCAUCCGCAGCGCCUGAAGAGAGCUGAUAUUUCGACCCGAGAAUUGCAACAUUCUUUACAGUGAUCAGGCAACCAACAUUUUGUACAUCCAAGCCACUAAACCUGACCAUGCAGUUCAUAAUCAAAUAUAUAUAAGAAUAAUUGUACAUGAAACCAUUUUUCUGGUGUGUUGAUCA